AUGUCGGACGAAAAGAAGCACGAGCCGGAGCGGUCGCCCGCAGCGGACGAGGCUCCUCACGGCGCCGACAGCCAUGACGUCGACUCGGCGGCAGACAGCAGCGGCCAAGACGACGACGUCGACGACGACGACAACGAAGCCAAGUCGGAAGACCUCGACGGCCACCGGCCCACGCUGCGCGAAAUACGCUCCAACACGUCGUACGCGAGCUCUCGGCGGCGGCGCGCCGAGUCUGGCGCAACGGCCACGGGCAGCCUGGCGCGGACCAUAACACGCCGCGACACGGUUCUCUCGAGGAUACGAUCGCGGCCGGUGCCGCAGUUCACGCACCCCCUCGCCCACGUGCGGACGAGCGACGCCGAGCUCGUGGGCUUCCAGGGGCCCGACGACCCGUACCACCCGCUCAACUGGGUGACGCACAAGAAGGCGUCGACGACGCUGCUGUACGGGCUCGUCACCAUGACGGCCACGUGGGCGUCGUCGUCGUACUCGGCCGGCACGGCGCAGAUUGCGCACGAGUUCGGCGUCGGCACGCAGGUCGCCACGCUCGGCACGACGCUGUACCUGUUUGGCUUCGGGCUCGGCCCCUUGCUCUGGGCGCCGCUCAGCGAGGUCUACGGACGCCGCCUGGCCGUCAUGGCGCCCAUGUUUGUCGCCAUCUGCUUCAGCUUCGGCAGCGCCACGGCCAAGGACCUGCAGACGCUGAUGCUGACGCGCUUCUUUGGCGCCUUCUUCGCCUCGGCGCCCGUCACCAACACGGGCGGCGUGCUGGGCGACUUGUACUCGCCGGCCUGGCGAGGCAUCGCCAUGGCGGGCUAUGCCAUGGCCGUCGUCGGCGGUCCCGUGCUGGGACCCAUCGUCUCGGCCGCCGUCGUCGAGCAGCCGUCCCUCGGGUGGCGCUGGACCGAGUAUCUCACGGGCAUCCUCCAGGUGGUGGUGCUCGGCGUGGCCAUGGUCCUCAUCGACGAGAGCUACCCGCCGAAGCUGCUCGUCUACAAGGCGCGCCGGCUGCGGCACGAGACGGGCAACUGGGCGCUGCACGCGCGGUUCGAGGAAUGGGACGUCAGCGUGGGCGAGCUGGCGCGCAAGUUCCUGCUGCGGCCGGUGCAGCUCCUCUGCACGCCCAUCUGCUUCCUCAUGGCGCUGUACGCCAGCUUCUGCUACGGCAUCCUGUACAUGCAGCUGGGCGCCAUCCCCAUCAUCUUCGGCGAGCUGCGCGGGUGGCGGCCGCUGGUCGCGACGCUGCCCUUCCUGAGCAUCUUGGUCGGCGCCAUGCUCGGCUGCGCCCUCAACGUCUACAACCAGACCCUGUACAACCGCGCCUACCACGCCGCCGGCGACCGCGCCGUCCCCGAGAAGAGGCUGCCGCCCAUGAUGCUGGGCUCCGUGCUCUUCAGCGCCGGCCAGUUCCUGCUCGGAUGGACCGCCGGCCCGGCCGUCCACUGGAUCGUCCCGUGCCUCGGCCUCGUCAUGCUCGGGACCGGCUUCUUCACCAUCUUCCAGGCCGCCCUCAACUACCUCGUCGACACCUUCCAGGCGUACGCCGCCUCGGCCGUUGCGGCGAAUACCUUUCUGCGCUCGUGCUUUGCCGGCGCCUUUCCGCUGGUCGUAGGGCCGCUGUACCACAAUCUCGGCGUAGGGCCGGGGUCCAGCAUCACCGGCGGGUUUGCCGCGCUGCUGAUCCCCGUGCCCUUUGUCUUUUACAAGUAUGGCAGGCGCGUGAGGGCCAAGUCCAAGUGGUCUCGGAAAUCCGUCUUUUGA